AUGCUGGGCUCUCCCUCCAAUCAAACAUCACCAAAUGCUGCUGCUUUCAUCCUUGUGGGUGUCCCAGGACUGGAGACAAUCCACCUUUGGCUGGCAGUUCCACUGAGUGUCAUACUUACUGUGGCCCUACUUGGGAACAUCCUUAUCCUAACUGUGAUCUGGGCAGACCCAGGCCUACAUGAGCCCAUGUACUAUUUCCUAUGUGUCUUAGCUGCUGUGGAUAUUAUCAUGUCAACCUCUGUGGCCCCCAAAAUGCUGACUAUUUUCUUUUCAGGCAAUGGUGUCAUUGGCUUUGCUGCAUGCUUCAUUCAGAUGUACAUUGUCCAUGCAGCAACAGCUGUGGAGACAGGGUUGCUUCUGUCAAUGGCCUUUGAUCGCUAUGUGGCCAUCUGCAAACCUUUGCACUACCAGACCAUCCUCACCCCCUGGACAAUGCUGGGCAUUGGUGUGGCCAUUAUUGUGAGAGCAAUUAUGGUCAUGACACCACUGAGCUGGUUGGUAGUCCAUCUGCCAUAUUGCAGUUCCCAUGUAGUCCUUCAUUCCUAUUGUGAGCACAUGGCUGUAGCCAAAUUAGCAUGUGCUGACCAUAUGCCCAGCAGUCUCUAUAGCUUGGUUGCUUCCUUUAUAAUUGUGGGCUUUGAUGUGACUUUUAUAGCUACUUCUUACAGUCUGAUCCUCCAGGCUGUGUUCAACCUCUCCUCCCAGGAUGCUCGGUUCAAGGCACUCAGUACAUGUGGUUCCCAUGUGAGUGUAAUGGUCCUUUACUACCUACCUGCUAUGGUAUCCAUCUACAUGGCUUGGUUGGGGCAGGACAUGGUGCCCCUGCAUACUCAGGUGCUGCUGGCUGAUUUUUACUUGGUUAUCCCUCCUAUGCUGAAUCCUCUCAUCUACGGCCUGAAGACAAAGAGGAUCCGGGAGCGGGUGUGGAAUGCCAUGGCCAUCACCCUUACAGGUUCUAAUUGUCUGAAUCCCAAGAAAGAGAAAAGACCUAAGCAGGUGUUUGCUUUAGGACAUAGUGAAUCCACAUCAGAGGCACAGGAACAAGAGUAA